AGUUGUUUCUUUGUCUAACACAGACUGAACCCCUGCUCUAAUCUGGGUUAUCUGGCUGUAAUCAGCUUAGCCCACUGCUACUCAGACUGCCUCCAGCUUGGUGGGCACUUUCUGUGGCUUUACUCCGCUUUCGUCCUCACUGCCAUUCACACUCACACCUGGAGUCCAGAGAGACGGACCUGAAGGGAAGUUGGAAAAAACCACAACUCCAUUCUUUACGGGGUGUCCUGUCGAAGCUGAGGCCAUGGCUGAAAGUCAGGAGGUGGCUUCCACUGAGGGGAUGUCUGCUGCCGACACAUAUCCCAGAAAAAUAAUGGAAUACAUGGAAGGAUUUCUUGUCUCAAAGACUCUGUUCACGGCCUGUGAGCUGGGUGUGUUUGAUGUGCUGCUGGCUGCAGAGCGCCCCCUGUCUGUGGAGGAGAUAAGUCAGGCGGUGGGAGCCAGUCUGGAUGGCACAGAGAGGCUGCUGGCCGCCUGCAGGGGGCUUCAGCUGCUCGACACACACCAGGACGAUGGACGAGUGCUUUACAGUAACACAGAGCAGGCCAGAGUCUACCUGACCCGCUCCAGUCCUGUAUCUCUAUUCCAGUCCAUCCAGUACAGCUCCAAAACCAUCUACUUCUGCUGGCACUACCUGACCGACGCUGUCAGAGAAGGAAGAAACCAGUAUGAAAAGGCUUUUGGAGUCGGCUCGAAGGACCUGUUUGAAGCUCUCUACAGGUGUGAUGAGGAGAUGGUGAAAUUCAUGCAGCUAAUGAACUCCAUUUGGAACAUCUGCGGUAAAGAUGUGGUCACAGCCUUUGACCUUUCGCCUUUCAAGGUUAUCUGCGACCUCGGAGGCUGCAGUGGAGCAUUAGCCAAACAGUGCACGUCAGCCUACCCAGAAUGCACUGUAACGAUCUUUGACCUCCCCAAGGUAGUGCGUACGUCGAGGGAACACUUUGUCAGCGAGGCCGACCUGAGGAUAAGCUUCCACCAAGGGGACUUUUUCAAAGAACCCCUGCCAGAGGCUGACCUCUACGUCCUUGCCAGAAUCCUCCAUGAUUGGACGGACGAACGCUGCAUUGAGCUUCUCAGUAGAGUCUAUGAAGCCUGCAAACCAGGAGGCGGUGUAUUGCUGGUGGAGGCGUUGCUCCAUGAGGACGGCUCUGGCCCGCUAACGGCACAGCUCUACUCCCUGAACAUGCUGGUGCAGACGGAGGGCAGGGAGAGGACAGCUGCCCAGUACGCAGCCCUGCUGGCAGCUGCCGGCUUCACCGACAUCCAGCAUCGUCUGACCGGGAAGAUCUACGACGCUGUGCUGGGACACAAAAAGACCUAAGACCCAAAACCUCUGCUACUUGUGAACCGCGACAGAAAGGUCACGUCAACACUGUUACUAUUUGUGCACUCUGUUAGGCUUUUUUCAAGAUUUCACCAUACGCUUCUACAAAUAACAAAAUAAUAAAAAUGCUGUAUAACACUCUGACAAUAUUCUAGUAUUGUUAAAGCUUUUGUACAUGAUGCUUAGAUUAUUGUAAAAUGUUCAAAUACAAAGUCAAUUUGAACUGCUCAAUUUUACGAUGCUGUAUAUUCUGAAUAAUUGUGCAUCAUUUUAUGGACAGCACAUAGUGUGAUAAAACAAAUCACUUACAACACAAUGGUGUCCACUGCAACAAUGUGAUAAGAGUUAUUAAAGCAGCAGAAGCCUCAUUACCGCAUAAGGGAAUUCCCUGAGCUGUGUCUCACAAAAUGUUGUGAUCUACUACAAAUCAUAAUCUUGGAGAGAAGCUAAACAAAAAAGUAAAAUGUUUAAGCAUAAUGUUGGAAGAACUGCUCUCACCCACAGCUGGGAGGCAUAAUUCACUGUUGUAAACACAAGUUGUGGUUUGAGCCUUGUCCAUGCACAGCUGUACACAUGUGUAUUCGUCAAUAAGCAGUUGGAAAAGUUACCAGAAACCAAAGAACCCUGUUGACUGACGAGGCAGACUAAUGCUCAAGGAUUUUAUUCAAACAUGCUUAGUUUUCAGAGAUGACAACUAACAUAAAAUUGUAGGGGUGUUGCAUUACACUUCAUGCAUGUUAUAUUUAGGCUGCUACAGUUAUAUCACAUAUACUGUAUUAGUCCUACCCAUUAAAACAUCCUUAAACGUUUUAGCAUCCUCUCCAGGCAGGCAGGAUUCCGCAUGCAUGCGUCUUUCCCUUUGCCCGAUCGUCUCCAAAAGUUAAUCGUGAAAAUAUAUCCAGGUUGGCAUCUGUCCUGCAUCUUUUUUUGUUAUCUUUUAGCUUUCGCCAACGAUUCAAAGCCAGUUUGAUAUUAGUCUACCACUUUCUCUUUUCCUCUUCUUCCAUUCCUCUGACAAUGUCCUCUUCUGUUUUGUCACUGGCUUUGGCAUGAAGAACAUACAGAGCUAACGUUCUCCAACAAGCUGCUAACUUCAGUUCAUAGCUCCGGCUCUGGUUGCUGGUGUGUGACGUUUACCGUAAAGCAUGUUGCAAAUGAUCCUGCACAGUACCCCAGAGUCACACCAUGCAAAUCCAGAUGUUCAUCGAUUGCUGUGGCAAUGAUAGAGAUGCCAUUCUCUCAAUUAUAAGUUGGUGUACUAUCAAAAUGAUUUUAAAGAUGUUAUUUUAAGGUGAAAAAAAAAAAUCUAUGAUGCAAUUGUAUGGCACAGGAAUGUGUUUGUAUUGUUUUUGUGGCAAACUGGCACCUUCAUCAGUCGUUCAAAUCCAAUAUUCAGUGUGCGGGUUCAAAAUGCUUUUUGAAAAUGUGAAAGUUCGAGCUAAAGAAGGCUUAAACGUGCUAACAUGGUCCAUCAGUAAAAUUCAAAAGCUUGCAUA